AUUGUAGAUGUAGAUGAAUGUAAGAAGAAAAAAGGUAAAUGUGAUGAUAUUUGUGAGAAUACGAGAGGUUCUUAUAGAUGUCGAUGUGAAACAAGAGGCUGGAAACUCCAUACUGAUAAUCAUACCUGUGUGGAUUUAAAUGAAUGUAAGGUAGAUAAUGGUGGAUGUGAAGAUGAAUGUAUCAAUACGGCUGGGUCCUACUAUUGUAAUUGUUCUGAACUAGGCUAUACACGAGCUUCUAAUGGUUUCCAUUGCAUUGAUAUUAACGAAUGCACGAUUGGAAAUGGGGGUUGUCAAGGAACAUGUACCAACAUACCAGGAUCAUUCAAAUGUUCAUGUCCAAAUGUAGGCGAAGUUUUGGCAGAAGAUGGAAAAUCUUGCAGAGAUAUAAAUGAAUGUCUUCAUGAUAAUGGUGGAUGUAGUCAAAAUUGUAAAAAUAUUCAGGGAUCAUAUAGAUGUUCUUGUGAUAAUGGUUAUACUCUGGAUUCAGAUACACAUUCCUGCAACGAUAUUGAUGAGUGUCUACUACCAAGGACAAAAUGUCCACAUGGAUGUUUAAAUUUGAAUGGUAGCUAUACCUGUACUUGUCAAGAAGGAUAUCAGUAUAAUGAACGAGGUGAUAAAUGUGAAGUUACUCAUAUUUCCUUUUUAGAUAUAGAUGAAUGUGCUAUAAAUAACAACGACUGUUCACAUAGAUGUGUUAAUACUGCUGGAAGUGCUUAUUGUACUUGUAGAGUUGGAUUUCAACUUGAUCUGAACAGAAAGACAUGUAUUGAUGUAGAUGAAUGUAAGAAUGGUAAUGGAGGGUGUGAACAGAUGUGUUUUAACACGCCAGGAUCUUUCUCUUGUUCAUGUAGACCAGAGUUUGAGCUAGCAUCCAAUAAUAGAAGCUGUAAAGACGUAAAUGAGUGCUUAAGUGUUAAUCAUAGAUGUGAACAUCGAUGUGUUAAUACCAGAGGUAGUUUUCGUUGUGGAUGUCAUAAUGGCUAUAAGCUGACUACAGACAAUAGAACUUGUGAAGGUAUCUCUAAUUCGUUACGUCCAUCUAAAGUCGAGAACAACCUUUAG